GAUUGGUCGAAACACUUCCUGUUUCCCGUCUUGCACACACAUACACGUGAAGGUCAGCAAUUGAGCCAUAAGACAUUCAUAAUUAGAGAAAUACUGCUGCUACGAUUAGUUUUUAUCCGAAUAUGGACGGCCAGGGAGCGACAGCGGACCCUCAGCUUCAGCACUUCAUCGAGAUCGAGUCUCAAAAACAAAGAUUUCAGCAGCUGGUGCAUCAAAUGACGGAAGUUUGCUGGGAGAAGUGCAUGGACAAACCCGGGCCAAAGCUGGACUCAAGGACAGAAAUGUGCUUCGUUAACUGUGUGGAGCGAUUUAUUGACACCAGCCAGUUCAUCCUAAACAGGCUUGAACAGACUCAGAGGAGCAGGGGGUCACUCUCUGAGUCCAUGUCAGAAUAAAAACCAACUCUGCAAGGAUGAUAACAGAUGCAAAAGGCCCUUCAGCCGAAACAAGACCGUUUUGGUCCCGACGCAGCUGUCUAUAUGUUGCAGAACUGUCCGUUCAUCUGGAAGAAGGAACAACAGGAAGUGUUACUUUUGAUACAAGUGCCUCAGAUUAACACCUUGUAUCUUGCCCCUGCGACUCAUGCAGAAGUGUUGGGUUUGAUUUGUCCUCCAUGUGGUGGGAUAUGAGUCUUACACAACUGUUAAAUUGUGGUCUGUUGCUGGCAGUGACUUGAUGUUGGUUUUGUUUCUUUUGUCAUGAUAUACACAUGGAAUUCAGUAAGUCAUGGAUACUGUUAAAUACAGUUGGACUGUGUUGAAUAUAAAUUGCUGCAACUAGUGGGUGAAGUGUGGGAGACUGCAGCAAGAUACACACAUCUGGGACAUUCAGCACGUUCACCACACCUGCUGCAAGUUAAGAGAACAAACAGUCUCUUGACCGAAGAGGUGUGAUCAACUGCUAAAGGUUUUGGACUGUACAUAUGCAAUAAACAAAAUGCCAAAUAA